UGAAGCUACCAAAUCCGGAUAUAAACAUCGAAUGUAGCUGAUUUGUGUAAAAAAUACUAAAUUUUAAGCGAAAAAAGCAAAUAUUGAGCCAAACUUCAAAUCUCCAAUUUUGUAUGACUGUAAAAUCGACAUCGUGCUUCAGAGCUUUGAGGUUAUGUCACGUAUGGAGCAAAUGUGACUACAAAAAUUUACUGCCUGCAGUUGUAGAAUUUCAGACCCAUGCUUCUAAGGAGUCUGCUUCCAAAAAUGUCCAUCAGAGAUAACCGUGAAUCUUUUUUCAACUGUGAAAAUGCAAACAUUGAAGCGUACUAUUGCAAGGGCUGCAACUUCCAAACUGAACUACAGCUGUUCUUCAAACAACACGUUAAAAAAGAAAACCAAGAUAUUGUUGUGAACGAGAAAUGUGCCAUCCAAAGCUAUAUUUGUAAAAAGUGCAACUUUGAAACCCACUUCGUCCUCAAAUGGCUUCAACAUGCUCUAGCUUGUAUUGAAGACAACGAAAAUCCCCAAAUAAUAAGCUCCAGUGAAAAUGUGGAAAACAGCACUUUCACGCGGCCCUGUUGUGACCAAUGUGGGCGCAAAUUCAAGCACAAAUAUUCUCUAAAGCUGCACAAAAUUUCAAGACACUUGAGCGAUAAUGAAAUUCUUUGGCACCACUGUGCUACAUGUUCAUUCAAAAGUAAACACAAACGCAAUUUAAGCAAACACAUAAGUACGCAACAUGUGGACGAACAGGAUGUUAAAUGGUACGAAUGUGACAAGUGCCCGUUCAAAACAAAACACCAGUCAUCUUUAAGCAGCCACGUACGCGCACUCCAUCUGAACGUCAAAUGGUACCAAUGCAACCACUGCCCAUACGAAACUAAACAAAACUCCUCCUUACACAUGCACAUAAAAGUGCAUCAUUUACGUAAACAAGAGAUUAAAUGGUAUGAAUGUGAGAAGUGUCCAUACAAAGCUAAGCAGAGUUCCCAUUUAAAACGUCACACGAUUGCGCGACAUUUAGAUGAACGGGAUAUAAAAUGGCACGAGUGCCAAAAGUGUCCAUACAAAUCUAAACUUAAGCAAGGUUUAAACAAACACAUAAAUGCACGCCAUUUAAGUAGACACAAUGUUAAAUGGUAUAAAUGCAGAAAGUGUCCAUUCGAAUUUAAAACAAACAAGGAGUUAAAAAAACACAUAAGUGUGCAUAGUUUGGAAAAUUAUCAGUGGUUUGAGUGUGGAGAGUGUUCGUAUAAAUGUAAAAGAAACUUUCAUUUGAAACGACACGUAAAUGCGCGUCAUUUGAAUGAACAGGAUGUUCAAUGGCAUGAAUGUGAAAACUGUGCGUUCAAAACUAAACUAAAAGCGAACUUGAAAAGACACAUUAAAAGGCGCCAUUCGGGUUAAUUGUGAUUGUUUUUGUUAGGAAUAAAUGAUUUGUAGGGUAAAUAUCAAUAAAU